AUGAAGAUGACCUAUCUAGCAGUGUUUCUGAUAUUGCUUCUUUCAAUCUCAUGUGCAGCUUCUGCCUCCGUUGAGACAAAAUUCAAGGAGUGCAUGUUAACCCAAGUUAAUGAUGCCAAUUUUGAAUCCAUUGAGAAACUAAUCUUCACCUCAUCCUUCUCAAUAUAUCCAGUAGUAUUGGAAUCAUUGGAACAAAAUCCUAGAUGGCUCAACUCCUCAAGCAAACCUCUUCUCAUUCUAACACCUUUCCAUGAAUCAGAAAUUCAGGCAGCCAUUGCAUGCAGCAAACAACUUGGGCUGCAGAUUAGAGUCAGAAGUGGUGGCCAUGAUUAUGAAGGGCUAUCAUAUGUUUGUAAGGCCUUAUUUGUCAUGGUUGACCUCAUCAACAUCCAUUCCAUUGAAAUUAACCUUGCUGAUGAAACAGCUUGGGUUCAGGCUGGAGCAACAUUAGGUGAACUUUACUACAAAAUUUCCAAAGCAAGUAAAGUGCAUGGAUUCCCUGCAGGGUUGUGUCCAAGUGUUGGAAUAGGUGGACACAUCAGUGGAGGGGGGUUUGGUACCAUGUUGAGGAAGCAUGGUCUUGCAGCUGAUCAUGUUGUUGAUGCAUAUCUGAUAGAUGUAAAUGGGAAGAUUCAUGAUAGAAAAUCAAUGGGAGAAGAUGUUUUCUGGGCCAUCAGAGGAGGUAGUGCUACUAGUUUUGGAGUCAUUCUUGCAUGGAAGAUAAGAUUGGUUAGAGUUCCACCUAUUGUCACUGGGUUCAACAUUCAAAGAACAAUGGAACAUGGAGCAACCAAGCUCAUUCACAUGUGGCAAUACAUAGCACACGAAUUGCAUGAGGAUCUUUUCAUUAGAAUUAUUGCUCAAAAUAGCGGUGACAGUUCAAAAACAUUCCAUGCAACCUUCAACUCUCUCUUCCUUGGAGGAGUGGACAAGUUAAUCCCUCUGAUGAAUGAGAGCUUCCCAGAAUUGGGAUUGCAGGCCAAGGACUGCAUUGAAAUGAGUUGGAUUGAAUCAGUGCUAUAUUUUGCUGGAUACAACAAAGGGGACCCUCUAGAACUCUUGCUCAACAGAACUACCUCAUACAAAAGCUCUUUCAAGGCCAAGUCUGACUUUGUCAAGGAGCCAAUACCAAAAAUUGGCCUAGAAGGAAUUUGGAAAAUGCUUCUUGAAGAAGAUACCUUAGCAUUAUUGAUAAUGGAUCCGUAUGGUGGUAGAAUGAAUGAAAUUUCAGAAUCUGAAAUCCCUUUUCCUCACAGAAAAGGUAACUUAUACAACAUACAAUACAUGGUCAAGUGGGAAGUGAAUAGCAUUGAAGCAUCCAAGAGGCAUCUACACUGGAUGAAAAUGCUUUAUAGAUAUAUGAUUCCUUAUGUUUCAAAAUCUCCAAGAGCUGCCUAUUUAAACUAUAGGGAUCUUGAUUUAGGAAGCAACAAGCAUGACAACACAAGCUACUCAGAAGCAAGUGUUUGGGGCAUCAAGUACUUUAAGGGAAACUUCAGGAGAUUGGCACAAAUUAAGACAAAGUUUGAUCCCCAAAAUUUUUUCAGGAAUGAACAAAGUGUUCCUCUCCUGAAUUCCCUUCCUUCUUAA